AUGGUCGCGCUCUGGAUCAUCGUUGGCGGCGUGCUUGCCCUCGUCAUUGCGUGCGUCUUCUUCGUCGUGAAAGCGUGCGCCAAGCGCCACCAGCCCGUGACCAAGCUCAGCGUCAUCGACACGCUGGAGCUGCGGCAGUUUGACCAGCUUGUCGUGCCACUGGGUCCGAUGCACCACCACGAGCCUGCGCACGACGAGGUCGCUCGCACCUCGCGCUUCAACUUGCGGCCGCUGCCCUACGACCCGCAGUAG